UAAUUUUGCUGUCUCUCUCAUUUGCAUGGAUCAAAAUUCAUCCAACCGAUCGGGUCGCUGACUGGUUCGUUAUUACACAGCGAUCAAGGAGAUUUUUCAAUGGAGAAGAUGGUCGACCUAAGACGAAGAGAAGCAUGUUUGAUGAACAGCAGUAGAGGUUGGAAACGUGCAAUUCAUGCAGGGAGGGUUCCAUCCAGAUGGGUCUCUCAAUGAUUUAUUCCCUGCAAAAGCCAUUUGCAAAUUCACCUCAAAUCCUUCUUACUGCAUCUCUGUGCUUCAAAAAUCCUCAGGCAAUGUCUAUGAAUCAGGUAGGUUUUCGAUGCGUCGGUCUUUGUCUAAAGCAUCUGCAUUCUUGAAUUUGAUUGAGAAGCAUCUUCAAAACAGUUCCACUCUACCAAAAUCUGUCACUGGUGGUCUUAAAGAUUGCCAAUAUCUUGCCCAACUAAACAUUAAUUUCUUGUCGAACUCUUUUCGGGCUGUCAAUGGCACUGAUAAAAAGCUAACCUACUCAAAAGCUGAUUAUAUCCAGAGUCUUCUAAGUGCUAUCUUAACCAAUAUUGAUACUUGUCUUGAUGGCCUAAAUACCGUAGCCUCAGGUUCUAGUUUGGAGAAAGAUCUCUUAGCACCACUCAUUGAUUGUACCAAAUCAUACAGUCUUUCUCUAGAUCUUUUUACAAAAGGCUGGGUGCCUAGGAAUAGAAACAGAACACGUGAUCAUCCUGUGACCAAACACCUCCGGUUUAGGAAAGGUCCGUUGCCAUUGAGAAUGUCGAAACAUGACCGUGUUGUUUAUAAUUCGGUGGCGAAUCGAAGAAGGCUUUCAUCUUCUUCAGAUGAUGGAAUUUUGGUUAAUGGUAUUGUAGUUGUGAGUCAAGAUGGUACAGGAAACUUCCUCACCAUCACAGAAGCUGUAAAUGCAGCUCCAAACAACUCUCUUGCUGUCAAUGGCUACUUCUUGAUUUACAUCGCAGCUGGUGUUUACCAAGAGUAUGUGUCGAUCCCUUCAAAGAAGAAGUACUUGCUCAUGAUUGGAGAUGGUAUAAACCAGACCAUCAUUACGGGCAACCAAAGCGUCGCUGACGGUUGGACUACCUUCAACAGUGCAACUUUUGCUGUGGCAGCAGAAGGAUUCAUGGCAGUUAACAUAACCUUCCAAAACACAGCUGGAGCAAUCAAAGGCCAAGCAGUUGCAAUGAGAAGCGGGGCCGAUAUGUCCAUCUUCUACAGCUGCAGCUUUGAGGGUUACCAAGACACCUUAUACACUCACUCCCUAAGACAAUUCUUCAGAGAAUGUGACAUUUAUGGCACAGUGGACUUCAUAUUUGGAAAUGCAGCUGUUGUGUUCCAAAACUGUAACAUAUAUCCCCGUCUACCGCGUUCUGGACAGACCAACAUGAUCACUGCUCAAGGUCGAUCAGAUCCGAACCAAAACACCGGUACUUCGAUCCACAACUGCACGAUCCGAGCCACGAGCGAUUUAGCUGCAAGCAAGAGUUACAUGAACAAGACAUAUUUGGGAAGGCCAUGGAAGCAAUAUUCAAGAACAGUUUAUAUGCAGACAUUCAUUGAUGGGUUCAUAAAUCCUGCUGGUUGGGAUCCAUGGUCAGGGGAAUACUUGAGCACAUUGUAUUAUGCAGAGUAUAAUAAUACAGGAGCUGGAUCAAAUACAAAGAACAGAGUCACCUGGCCUGGUUACCAUGUCAUUUCUAAUGCUACUGAUGCUUCUAAUUUUACAGUUUCAAACUUCCUGGUUGGGGAUGCAUGGCUGCCUCCAACUGGUGUGCCCUACACAGGAGGCUUCAUAUAACUGGUCAGCUCUCCAUAUUAUUCUUGCUAAUAUUUAAUUUCCCCAUAUUCAACAUGCCUAAUAAAGUUGUUGGUGCUCUGUUUUGAACUAAUGAUAGUUCUUACACUAGCAAGUUAAUUGUAUGAUUAAGGCUAAGUGAAUAUUUAGUCUCUUUUUUUUU